CUCUCAUUCUCAGCUGAUUCCACUGUUCCCUUACCCCUGUCUAAUGUACUGCUUCCACAGGAAAGUUGUGUUUGUCCUCGAAGAGCUCGGUCUUACCUACGAAUCCAUCUACCUCGACUUCGCCAAGGCUGAGCAGAAGGGGCCAGAGUACACCAAAUUCAAUCCGAAUGGACGCAUUCCGACCCUCAUCGACCACCAGAACGGCGACUUCACAAUCUGGGAGUCCGAUGCGAUCCUCCUUUACCUCACGGACAAGUAUGAUGCGGAGAAGAAGCUGACGGUGACGGGUGACGAGAAGUACAGCCUCAUCCAGUGGCUCUUCUUCCAAGCCUCCGGCCAAGGCCCGUACUUUGGUCAGGCCCUGUGGUUCAUCAGAUUCCACCCCGAGCGGAUCCCUUCUGCGAUUGAACGCUAUCAGAAGGAGACACUCCGCGUCUUCUCCGUCCUCGACUCUGUGCUCUCCAAGCCCGAGAACGGCGGCUGGCUCGUCGGUGGUAAGCCGACCAUCGCUGACCUUUCCUUCAUCACUUGGAACGAAGCCGCAAUCAAUAUCUCGAUCAAGGGCUAUGCGGACGUCGAAAACGAGUACCCCGCGUUCUAUGCGUGGCACCAGAAGCUCCUUGCUCGCGACGCGGUAAAGAAGACAUUCGCAAUCCAAGCGUCGCUCCAGAAGUAGACAGUGGGUACCCGGUCUCAUCAUCGGCGGCACAUGGUCCUCCCGGCCAUGAAUGCGCCAUGGGAUGGAACAUACCAUUGUGUAUCAUAAAUCGUACCAAGAGGAUGUCGAUAUCGCACGCGUGAUGGCAGUCAGAUGGGGGAACGGUCAUGGCAAGAUUGUUGCAUUCCGAGGAAUAUGUAG